CAGACUAAUGGCCACUGGAUCUUGAGUGGGAGAGUGGUCGGGGAUGUGAACAUCUCAAGAAAGCUGAAAAGAACAGAGGCUGUGUACCAGGCAUGGCAUACAGAGAAAAUGAUGCAUUUGUUCUUGAAGCCAUUGUGUUAAAGAAGACAGGGCUCUGUAGGGAACCAGAGAAGUAUCAUCAGAACAAGCUGGGGCUCAAGAAAGAAGGGAGAAAGGUAUCUCUGAAGUUAAGCAGGCCAAAGAACAAGAGUGGGUGAUCCCCUCCAAGAGAGAAGCUGCAGGAGGAGAUACAGACAGGUUUCAGAGUUUAGCCAGUCAGGGAGGGGCUGAUUAGAGCCAGGUGAACCAACUAAGGACUAGCAAGGACCCUGCCCCAGUCAAAGUCAAAGAGGAGCGUGCAAAGCCAGUUCAAGCUGAUGGGCCCAGCUGCUCCUUCAUCAAUGUGGAAUUGAAAGAAGCCAGAGCUAGGCAGACAUUCGGGAAGGAAGGGAAAAGGAUCCAGUCCAGCAGACCAGGACAGUUUGGUCCUACCUGCUCUCCCUUUCUUCCAGGUACCUUCCUGUGGUCUAUCUCUGCCCGCCCUUCGCAGAGCCUGGGUCUAUCCCCUUUCCAGCCAAAGUAAGAAGCAUUUCUAAGACCUAAAUGACUCCUGGGUUCUCCCUUCCAAAGGAGGACUCUAACACUCACGAACCUCUUUAAUUUGGUAUCUCAAGACCAACAUUUGGAAAGGGGUGGAGGGUGUCUCCCGCAAGAAACCUCAGACAAUCAGAAACUCGGAGUCCACUGCAGGCCCUGUCUAUCCUCAUAGGUACCCUCUGUGUGUCUUCUUGGUUAUGUGUAACACGGUAGAGUGUAGUCGCUUUGGUUCCCAACCGCCUAGUAAAGUCCCAAAGCACAGGGGUCCAGUGCGUUCUGGGCCGCGGCCGCGGGGGGCGCUGCGCGAGCUGCUGUUAAAGCCCCGUCGCGGGCGCGCGCUCUCAGAGUGAGUCCGGCCGCUGCCCGGCCAAGCCUCGUCCGACUGCCCCGUCCGGGAUCCAGGCUUCACGAGUCGCUCUCCGCGCACUACCCACCCGCCCCGGGCUCUGAACCUCGGACGUGCACCUGAGAGCGCGGCCGGAGGUCCAGGCCCGGCGGCGACAUGGGGAAAUUUCAGUCCAAGCACGCUGCAGCAGCCUGCAAGCGGAGAGAGAGCCCCGAAGGGGACAGCUUCGUGGUGUCCGCGUAUGCGAGUGGUCGCAAAGGCGCGGAAGAGACCGAACGGCGCGCAGGAGGCAGCGGCGGCGUGGAACAUCGCGCACGGGACAAGCAGGAGCUGCCCAAUGGGGAUCCCAAGGAGGGGCCUUUCUGGGAGGACACAGGCUCUCUAGAAGUUGUGCUGCCCCCUGAGAAGUCUGAGGGCCAUGAGGGCCAGGGCCAGCUCUUCAGCAUGGAUGAUGGGGAGAAGGCAGCCACCCAUGAGGGCCCGUUAAGAGUCAACAAGAAGCACUUGAACAUUGAUGCCCUCCAGUGUGAUGUCUCUGUGGAAGAAGACAACCGCCAGGAGUGGACAUUCACACUGUACGACUUUGACAACAGUGGGAAAGUCACCAGAGAGGACAUGUCCAGCUUGAUGCACACCAUCUAUGAGGUUGUUGACACCUCUGUCAAUCAUUCCUCGGGCAGCAGCAAGACCCUGCGAGUGAAGCUAACUGUCAGCCCUGAGCCCUCCAGCAAGAGGAAGGAAUGUCCUACUGGCCAAGACCGGGAGUCCACUCGUGGCAGAACAGAGAGUGAGCUCACAGAGGACCCCCGAGCGGCUGAUAGAAGGCUGUCUACCUACAGCAGGAAGCCCAAUGCUGAUGCCCAGCCCUGCUCUGUACGAGUACCCUACUGUGUGGAUGAGAACACAGAGCGCAGGAACCACUACCUGGACCUUGCAGGCAUCGAGAACUACACAUCUAAGUUUGGUCCUGGGUCACCACCUGAGCAGGCCAGGCAAGAUCAUCAUGGCAGGGCCACACACAUUCCAAGCAGGUCCCGAUCACAGGAGUCGGAUGCCCAUGCUGUAUACCACCGCAGGUCCCAAGUCCUGGCUGACCAUGUCGUACCAACUAAUGAGUCUGCUGUCCGGGUCCUGGCUGCACAACCCCGGCUCAAGGGGCAAGAGAAGCAGUUCCUCAGGUCACCCAAGGGUCCAGGAAAACCUCUUGGGGCAACAGGCAGCAGCAAGCCAGGGAAAACACUCAGCUAUUGCCUACAGGCUGUCCCACUGCCCCAGGGUGCUCAGGAUGGCCACCACCUUCCACAGCCCCCACCACAGCCUCCACCUCAGCCCUAUGGUCACAAGCGGUACCGUCAGAAGGGCAGAGAAGGCCACUCGCCACUCAAGGGACAUGGCCAGCCGACCAUGGUGGAACAUGAAGUGGUUCGGGACCUGCCUCCCAUGCUGGGGCCCGAGGGCUACAUGGUGCCUGUGAUCCAGAGGCAUGAACACCACCAUCACCAUGAACACCACCACCACCACCACCACCACCACUUCCACCCAUCCUAGCACCCAAACAAGUACUCUGCCCACAUGCCCUCAGGGACAUAGAGCAGGUACUGGCAUGUGCCCAGAAGAGAGUACAGCAUUCCCUGGCCCAACACCCAGCUGCAGAUGUCGAGAUGGCACCAGGCUGGAUAUUCAUGGACAAAGCCUUCCUAUCUCCAUGCCAUUUGGAUACCAGCACAUUUGAUGCAGCUGAUGGCUCCCAGUAACAAGUGCUCCUGUGUGAUUCAGACAGCCCGCAUGUGAGGACAGAAAAGCAUCAGCUCUUACUUUUGCUGCACACCGUGCUCCUGGGAUGUUCGAGAGACUGCACCUAGACACUCUUCGUACCCUUUGACCUUUGGGUGCCCUGCAUUGUUCCUGGCACAAGGCCAGGAGCCAAUGGAGAUGGAAGCGUUCUGUGGGGUUUAUUCAUUAUAAAGUCCGCAGGCUGGGCUUGCCAAGUGGUUCUUCAGUGCACCUUAGUUUCCCACAUGAUGUCAAGCAAAGAAAACAAAGAGGGCAGGGUAUCAGCAGAUGUGGAGGGGGCAUGAGUGAGCAGAGCGGCAGGGUGAUGUUUAGCGGGCAGCACAAGGCUUGGUCUCCAGAGCUUCCAGCAUCCCAGGUAGAUGCAGAGAAGACACAGACAGGUUGAGAAGGAUCAGCUACCACGCUGGAGGCCCUCACCUAGGCUGUGCUCAUAUUCUUGUACCAUAGCCAACUGACACCUAAGUGUCCCUUCUACGAGGGCUGCAAGGGUGUGGGAACCUUAACAAGCCAUGGUCUUUUGACUCCACCAGAACAGGAUCCUGUAAAGGCAAUUUUUACCUCUCGUUGAGUUUGUACAGGUGGCAUUAUGCCUUCUUAGCAUAUAUGAAAUAGUGCAUUCUGUAACAUGCCAUACCUUGUAUUAAAACAGACUUUUCUGAG